CUUAAAAUGUAUGAAUGAAUAAAGCGAUUUAUGGGAUGCUCAGUUAAAAAACACAUUCUAUUUUGAUUCAGUUUUUAUAUUCAUACUGUAUUAUUGCCCUGCCAUCAAAGUUUAACUUUAGUCAGUCUUGUCGUGAUGUAACCUUUACUUUGAUUGUAACAUGUUGACCCGGAAGUAGCUAGCCAGUUAUAGUGGAACGGAGCCCGCGGCUGCCCCUGCUCCUCCUGCUCCUCACCUGUCACAGGACUACAUCCUCUCUCACAGAGACAUUAACAGACAGCGGUGCCAGCCACGCUGCGGGGUGUACGGCUUGUUGUACCGUGGUCCAGUGUCAGGUCCACACAGUGAGAUGCCCAGAAAGGCGCGCUUCACCUGCAGAGCUCGAGGCAGCUUGUGACUGAGUGCUGAGCUCCAUCCCGCGGUCCUCUCCAGCAGCACCGGCGGGAGCUAUUUUUUCAAAAGGCCCUGCAUUAGUGGAACAUUGUGACCUGACUGCGUGCUGCCUUGACCUGAUUGAACACCAGUCUUAUCAGAGUGGAGGUUGCAGCUACUGUGAGAGUGAAUCUGGGACAGCCCAAGACAACCUAAAAAAGGUGUGAAAAGUCAGUGUCAUGACUGGGGCUGAGAAUGAGGAUGAUAUUCCAUUAGGCGAAAGGAAGACCGUCACAGAUUUCUGCUAUCUCCUGGACAAGUCUAAACAACUGUUCAAUGGGCUAAGAGACCUCCCUCAGUAUGGACACAAGCAGUGGCAGUCGUACUUCGGACGGACCUUUGACGUGUACACUAAGCUGUGGAAGUUCCAGCAGCAGCACAGGCAGGUUCUGGACACCCGGUAUGGCUUGAAGAGAUGGCAGAUUGGAGAGGUUGCUUCUAAAAUUGGACAGCUUUACUACCACUACUACCUUCGUACCUCAGAAACGAGUUACCUGAACGAGGCCUUUUCCUUCUACUCAGCCAUCCGCCAGCGCUCCUACUACUUCCAGGUCAACAAAGAAGACAGGCCGGAGUUAGUAGUGAAGAAGCUUCGAUAUUAUGCUCGCUACAUAGUCGUCUGUCUACUGCUGAACAAGAUGGACCUAGUCAAAGUUUUGGUUAAGGAGUUAUCUGAGGAAAUUGAAGAUUACACACAGAGGUUUAACACAGAGGACCAGCUGGAAUGGAACCUGGUUCUACAGGAAGUGGCAGCUUUUGUAGAGGCAGAUCCAGUGGUAGUUCUGAACGACAACAGUUCUGUGGUUGUCAACAGCAACCGUCUGCAGGAGGGCAGUGUGCCCCCGCUGGAGCAAGGCAUGGUGGUGGGGCAGCUUGUGCUUGCAGAUGCACUCAUCAUCGGAAACUGUAACAACCAGGUGAAAUUCAGUGAGUUAACCAUCGAUAUGUUCCGCAUGCUUCAAGCUUUGGAGAGGGAGCCUGUAAACCUGGCAACACAGACCUCCAAACAGGGAGCGCUGGAACCAAAUGAGAAGCCAGCUAAAAGGGAAAACCCUCACAAGUAUCUGCUGUACAAGCCCACGUUCAGCCAGCUUUAUACCUUCCUGUCUGCCUCUUUUAAGGAAUUGCCUGCCAACAGCGCUCUGCUCGUCUACCUGUCAGCGACCGGAGUGUUCCCCACCGGACAUUCAGAUUAUGAAGGACCAUAUGACUUUGGAGGAGUUCUCACAAACACAAAUCGAGAUGUGGUGAACGGAGAGACGGUGCAGAAGAGGAAUCAGGCCCAGAAAGAAAUGCACUGCCUUCAUCCAGGAGACUUAUUCCCUUUCACGCGGAAACCACUUUUUGUAAUUGUGGAUUCUACAAACAGCAAAUCCUACAAGCAUUUCACUAAUCUGUUUGGCCAGCCUCUGGUGUGCCUACUAUCUCCUACUGUAUAUCCCAAGAGUGUGCAAGAUCAGUGUCAGCGGGGCAGUCUGUUCACUCUGUUCCUGUACAGCCCGCUGCUGGCCUUCUCCUCGGUGUGCGGCCUGAGCAGUGUGCACCGCGGCCUCUGGGAGAGGGCGCAGGAAUUUCUGCAUAAAAUCUACCAUGACAUCGGGCAAAUGAUAACUCGAUCACGGACUAUAGAUCAAGCCUUUUUGCAAUUCUUUGGUGACGAGUUCCUCCGGCUGCUCCUGAUCCGCUUUGUGUUCUGCUCCGCUGCUCUGAGGCUGCAUAAACUCUUCCGGGAGGCCCAGAGUUUCCCGGAGUCCUACCCUGAGCUCCCGAAGCAGGACACAGUGGAGAGCAGCCUCCUACAGAAGCACAUUUUGGAGCUGGCCACCAUGCUGGACGUGCAGAGCUUAUUUUGGGAUGAUUCACUGGAAGCAUACUAACAUCUUGUCACCGGGCAGAAUGGCACCAUGUACAUACAGACUCACUGCCAGCGCCCCUCACUGCUCUCGGUUUUUUCUUCUUUUCUUUUUUUACAGGUAAUGUUUUUUAGCAUAAACACGCUAAUGUCUUGCAUUUAACUGUGGGAGCAAAUGUAGUGCAACAUUAAUGUUCACAUGGAAAAGCCAGAGAAUAUGAUAUACUAUACAUUUCCCAUUUUGAGUCUCGGAAGCUUGGCUCAAAUCAUCUCAUAAAGCAUCACGUAAGACGUCAGUGUGAAUGAACAAGUGAGAGGCUGCAAAAGCUGUUCUACCCGUCAUUCCCCAUCAAAGUGUACAGUAACAAUCUGUAGCCUCUAACAAUAUCAGAUCAUUGUUGCCAGUCUUUUCUUUUUCUUAUAGUAUUUAUGAAUGUUUAUUAGAGUGAAGGUUGGGACAGCCUGUGUGACUUUAUCUAUCUAUAGGCUGAGCAGAGAGAACAAAAGCCUUCACUGCAUCUGUAAAUGUGAACAACAAGAAUAAUGUUAGCAGAUUAAUCGCACAGAGGUUGGAAUUUAAAAUAUUUCACCAAAAAUGUGUUUUCCUGGUAUUUGCCAAACAGCUGUUGAACAGCUUCACAUGUAGCAGGCGGGGUGCAUGAGGUUCUGUUGUGUGUUGGAGCUCCCCUUUAUUGUGAAGAUAUCACACUCUCUCUCUGCAUUAACUAGCAUUCCAUUUAUCACCUUUAAUAGAAACUGGGUUGUUAUUGCUUUCCCACAUCACUGUGCUGUGACUGCAUGCCAAAAGACAAAGAGAGCUUUCCAUUUAGUUGUUUUAUUCCACAUAGAAUGACCUCCGCCUUUGAGCAUUUCAAAGGGUUGUAGGUUUAAUGGCAUGGGGUUGGGAGGGAAAUGGAGCCAGUGCAUGUGUUGCAUGCGGCUGUACAUUUUGUAGUAGUGCCAACAAAUGAAGACAAUCUAGUUGAAUAGCAGAUGAGAUGAAGGAAGGUAGAGUGGUAUGCACACCAUCAUUUAUUCUCAGUCAACAUGCACCUUUCUGUUGUUACUUAAUGACACACACACACCUCUGAGCUAAGUGAUGAAGGCCUCCAACUCAUCUUCCUCCUGCAGACGGGCUACUCUCCUGACGCUUUACCUCCCAUGCAUCCACUGCCUCAUGCUGACAGACGCUGCCAUUUUUGUCAGGAACUGGUAACACAAAAAUGGAAUGUAGUGAUAAGAGAGGAGCCCCGGCUGAGGGGGGGGGGGGGGUAACAAAGCAAUCAGCAUAACGUGCUAACUUUAAUACUGUUAUAGCAUUUUCUAUGUGCCCCACCCACAUCAGAGUGCUUGUUGUAGUUCCAACCAGACAUUAUUUUAGGACAAGUGAAGCCAGUAUCUACACUGAAUAAAUGAACUGUUGACUUUAACUAAUGUAUUAUGUCACAGAUUUAACUGCAAUAACAUUUAAUUGAAAAUAUUAGGUUCAACUUAAUAUUAUUGCUUUCAACUAACCUAAUACAGUUAUGUGAAAUCUGUUGACAUAACGCAUUUCAUUAAAGUCGCUGUUUGAGUUGUGUCAGUGCAGUGGAUCAUACAGAGACACUGCAGCGCUCCGCCAGCCGCCAUGGUGGUACUGUGGGAAGUGUUGAGAUCACUGAGGACCGAAGUGGACCACUGGAAACAUCUUCUUACACACACUGAUACUGUUACUUAUUCUUAAUUAUGGUGUCUUAAUUGAUCAAGGACCAUACAUACACACAAAAAAAAGAGGAGAUGAUUUGUCAGAUUGAGCUUUUAGCCAAUUUCCAUCUUCAGUCCCUGGGCAGGAACACACAAAACAUUUACGACAUAGAUUCUUUCACGAUAACAAUUUUAAAGUAGACCAAAGCACAUAUAAAUAGUCCAGCACAUUUAUCAGUACAUCUAAAAUAUUUGAAUAUUCAUUUGAACUUGUUCUUCUGCUGAUGCUGUGCGUUCAGACCGUGCACUUCCCCUGGACUCUCACCUGGCCCAGCAGCUGUACUAUCACUCAUUCCUCUCUCCCUGAGCAGCCACACUCUAGAGAUAUUUAUUGAGCACUGAUAUAAGAAGUAUCAAAUCCCAGAAUGUUUGAGCAUACAAUCUCAGACAGACAGAGUGCCCCCCCCAGCAGAGACAGAGCAGCCUUUGGUUCCCCUACUGUGUUCUCUGUUUGAGUUUUGUUCUGCAGUAGAACGUAGCAUUUCAGUAGUCAGCUGUCAGACAUUCAGUCACUCUGACACUCAGCUCAUAGGAGGAUAGGAGAGCCUACAGAGCUGUGCUUCCUUACUUCAGUGGUCAUUGGAAACCAGAAGAAUCUCCACAAUUGCCAGAUACAUUUUUCUAAAGAAAAGCCAUCCCGGCGAUUGGCAGGGUCUGUCAGCAUGAUUCUGUCCGUACUGUAACAGUUAGAAGGAUAUUUCAAGCAGUGACCAGAUUUACAGGAAAUAGCUGAUUUGCUGAAACAAAUCUUAAGAAAUCAGAAGAUUUAGAUGAAGACAAGGAAUUAAAAAAACUACUAUCAUACUUUCUGGAUGACGCCUUGGCCUUUAGUGCCAUUACUAGGGCCAAAGCGUUGGUUUGGGUACCAGAUAUCUAAUGACUCCAAAUCAUUUCCCUUUAGCAUAAAGGAUAAGGCUGUUCCUUUUCUAAGUCCAAGUUCAUCAGUCCCCUCUCUCAAAAGGUCUCCUACCCCACCUGUUCCUCAAGCCCAUCAAGACCCUAAUCUUUAAUUACAUUUGUGUUUGUAAGAUCUCAUAACAUCUCUUAAACACCUGGUCUUUGUAGUGUUUAGUCCAUUACUCCUAAUGUACUACUAGGAACUAGUGGGUUUGUUGAGGACCACUUUAAGAGGAGGAUUAUACCGUAGUGCUCCGGUGAGCGUAUCGGUCAGCAUGGAGAGAAGGAAGAUGUUUCAGGCUUUGGAUACACAGACCACUGAUUCCUGUUAACAGGAACUUCCUUUGGUUUCUGCCUUUUAUGGGAUUAAUAGAUAAUAAGCCUUAUCCUUUCAAACUUCACCUUUUUAGCCUGUAAUGGGUCUUAGAAUAGCUCAAAGCUGUCGGUGUGUAACAUAUUUUUCUCCGGCACUACUCCGUCUGCUAGCUAAACUGUCAGGCUUCUAAUUUGGAUGGACAGUUUCACAUGUGUGAAUUCUGAUCCACACCAAGGUAGAGACCAGCUGAAGGCAGAGUGUGUGUGGGGGGUUUCUGUGUGACAGCGACAGGUCAUUGAGUGAGGCUAACUGAGCGCAGCAGGAAGUAGCCACGUCCGCUGGUUGGGAUUAAGAUUUAUGAAUUUUCUGUAAUGUUAACAGAACGCUAUUUUUCAGUGUGUACUAUAUUUAUUGACAUGGUUGGAGGAAGGCGAUGUUUUGGCACAGAUGUGUUUGUUCAGUAUUUAGUAAGUCUAUAAAAUGUGUGAUGAAAUAUGAAGUUGAACUUAAGGAGCAGCAAAACGUCAGAGGCCAGUUGGUUCUUCGGCCACUUUUCUAAAUAUGUUACAUUCCAACGUUCCAAGGACUUGAAGAGAGGCAGAGGAACACUGCUGCACUUUCUCCAUUUUACAUUAGUCUGGGAAAUUGAGCCGUUUCUACACUUUGUUCUUUUGUAUUGUAAUAUCAACAUUCACAUUCCCUUGUGUUGACAGUUAUGACCAUAUAUUGUAAGCUUGCACUUUAUUAAGUUGAAUAUUGUUAUGAUGUAGUUGUUGUGCUUUAAGGAAAAGGAAAAUAAUCCUUCCAUGUGAGAGUUCUUCAUGCCAGCCGUCUCACCGGGACCUUUUUUACAGUUUAACUCGUCUCCGUGAUUUCAAACAUGUCACGAGCUGUCACUUUUGAACAGCCUCUGCCUGAAAUGUGUCCAGCGUGUUGGCUGAUUUCCAAAAAGUUUUGAAUAUGCAGCAUGUUGAGUUACAUGUGUGGAAGCAUUAGAAAUCCUUGUGCUGUAUAGCCAGCUGUGCUCUAAAACCAUGCAUAUCAUGUUUUAUACUCCAUUCUGAGGGAAUAUCAACUACAUGUUCGGACAGGAAAAAAUAAGAAAUGUCAUUUAAACUGUGAAAUAUUGCAAGUUGACAAGUUUCGUAUGUUAAGUCUCAAACACUUGUGUUUAUAUGUUUAUAACGUUUUAAUCAAUGGUGUGUUCCCUGAACUCUAAAAUAUAAAAGAUGUGUCCUAAAGGCACAAAAUAAGCAUUAUUUAAUGGGAAAUAUCCCAAACAGUGAAGUGACACUACUCUGAUCAGUAAUAUGACGAUAAAAGUUUCUGUUGACACCGUAUUGAUGUCUUCUGUGCUUCAUAUUUAAAUCACAACCAUAACCACUUCAUUUAUUAUGUAGCACCAGUGUGGUCACCCGCUAAGAAAAAAGUAUGACAGUGAAAUUGCUUAUUGUAUUCUCGCCUAACCGUGAGCUCUUUGAAAAGGAUUGUGUUUCUUUCAUUGUCUGUGAUGUAAGAUACCCAGCAGCAUAUGGUGCAAUGAGUAUGAUCAGAUGGCAUUUCCUGCUUCACGUCCUGUGUUUAUCAGAACACAUUACACAGUCCUGAAGCUAAUAUGUGUUUUGACAUAGGACCAAGAUAUUCAUUUGGGAAAGCACAAAGUAACAAGGUAUUUAUUUUUGUGACUCCACUAUUCUUGUGAACAAAUAUUUAUGUCCAAAAGCAAGAUAUUAAUUUAUCUAAACAAGAAACCAACAUUGGCCCAAAAGAUGAACAAGAUAGUUUGAGCGAUCAACAUAUAAAGAUAUAUUUAGAUAACUUGCAUAUGAUUAAUGAUCAUAUGCUAACAAAAUAUUUACAAGUUGUGUGUUGUAAGCUCGUGUGAACAACAUUGAAUUGUGGGAAUAAGAUAUCAACAACAUGGUUGUUCUUUCUGUGUUUGGUGGCUGCUCUAUAGCAGUGUUUCUCAAACUUUUUCAUACCAAGGACCACUUAACCAAUAAAAAAACACUCGCGGACCACCUAACUCCACAAAUAUCCAAAAACACAUCGUUUUUUACAAAUCACCUGAAAAUGAUACAAACAAGUGGCCACAUGUGUGAUGAAGGUGUUUAUCUGGGCUAUAUCAUGCAAUCGAAACUGAAACUUAAGCUCGCUCCAUUGCGGAGAUAUUCCCGCGAGAGUGCGGAAAACUUAAAUGUAUUUAUUUAUUUCAAAUGUGAAAUUUUACCAAUAUACUCACGGACCACCAGUGGUCCGCGGACCACACUUUGAGAAGCACUGCUCUAUAGCACCACAGAAUUCAUAUCUUACUCAUAUGGAAUUAUGAAGCCUUACGCAUGGUGUGCGCUGACUCAGCAACAUGUUAGGCUUCCUGCAGCCACAGCCUGGACCUCACACAGAGCAGUUUACAAACAGCGACUUAAGAUAUAUUUGUGCCGAUUCGUGUAUAAUAACCUGUUUUUGCCUUAUUGGUUAAGAAUUGCUUUUUUUUGGUUGAGAUUUUGGAAUAUCAAAUAUACCGACUUCCGUUCCUGGACCCAUGUAUGGGUUUGUUGGUUCUAUUCCCAUGCUUCACAGAUCACACUCCGAUAGACAGAGAUGACCUGAGUCCAGCUACAAUAAGGUUUCUUAGCUCCAUGGAAGAGAGGCAGGACAGACAGUGCUCAUUAACCUGGCAGUUAGAGAGGAUCAGAGAGGAAGGAAGUCAACGUGUCUCUGACAUGGACCACAAGCACAAAGCCCCCCGCUCCACCUACCGGAAACACACCCAUGGAGCGCACGUUGACUGGGAACACCAAUAAGUGCCCACUGAUCAAUCCCCCCGCCCCAGAUGUGCAUGGGUCAUUUCUAUCAUUUUAUACCUGUGUAUAAAUGUCCAAAAGAUGGGUGCAUCCUUCCUUAACAGGAAUAUGUGUGACUUGCUUAUUGUGAUUUUGAGUCAGUGUCAAAAUGUCAAAUGUGUUUUAAAAACUCUGUUUAAAAAAAAAAUGCACCGAUGAUUUCUCUGUGAGCAGCAUGUUUGUUUAGAAUAGAAAGUGCCAAAGACUGGUUUACUCUUGCUUUCCCCUCUUAACAACCAAGAUCUUUUUUCAUGUGUUGCCAGAAAGAGCCAAUAAUAAAAAAUAAAAAAAACAUUUGGCUUCAUAAAAGGAACA